AAUGGGAGCGCGGCGAACGGUGGUCACGGUAUCAGCAACGGAGAAACGGGAGAUAUCCUGAACAGUUCCGCUAAUGGAACCACCGCUACCGCCACCACCACCAGCACUAGUGGUGCGUUCCUGAAAAAGGAAAUCGAUGCCCUCAAUGCGGCGGUACAGCAGGCCAAUGUAUUGCCGGCGGUUCUAAGCAACGGGCACGCCAAGUAAACCCAACAGCGGCUUCCUGCGCACCUCCAGCUGCGCCUUCUUGUCACGUUCAAACGCUGACGCACGGCUUCCAGAAGAUCGGAAGCAGAAGAUCCCUACAAGCUCUUCUGAGAAAAGAUGGAAUAUGAAACGUUUUUGGCCCACAUCUUUUACAACACUUUCACUUGGUGGCAAAAGGGCUGCACAAUCGAAGCACAAACUCCCAGAGCAGAGAAGCACAACCCUGAAACAGCGUCACAAUAUCUUUCGCGCUAGUGAGGCCACUAGAGGCGUGUCGAAAGGAAGUAUAUAUUUUAUAAAGAAGAAAUCACUCCAUUUAUCCUCUAUUGUAUUCAUAUUCGUAUGUGUGCAGCACCGGAGCUGUUCCGCUACUUAAAUGUUCAAUACGUUGCUUCCAGUAACAACCCACCCGACCGAUCCCAUCAGCAGCAUCAACAGCAGUGUGUAUGUGUGCUGGAUAAAUUUUAGAAACCGAGAGAGAUAGAGACAAGAAAGCAAGAAAAUUGAUCACCAUUGAUCGUACUUUUCCUCCCCCCCUUUUGCUAAUCCGUUAUCGACACCAUAUCAGUCGUAUGAUCUUACUUUUAAGGACCAUCGGCGUGCGCCCGUGCCCGCGCACCACCACCACCGCUGGUUGCGUAAUCUUUAGGACUUUAGGAAAACAUUUAGACUAAUGCAUUGCUGCCCGUACGCGUACCGUACGCGUUCCGCUUCCAAAUUAUUUACGAAUAAUCCAUCCCAAAAAUUGAGUCACACACGUCGCAUGUUCUACUUGACCGAGUUCUCUUGGUUCUUGGAAGGAAAGGUUUUACCGUUUACCGUCUUGAUCUUCUCCCUCGAAACACACGAUUGCUUCCACUGAUAGAAAACUGUACAUCUUCCAAUGAUAUCCGCGAACUUCCUUCGAAUACAGCCCGGACGGACAAACGGCGGACGGAAAGGCGUCCCCCCCCCCCCCCAUUUAUAUGUUGUAAAUUGUUUCUCUAGCUGAUACCAAAUGUUUCUGGGGAUUGUUUUACUUUAUCACGCUCUGUAUGAUGGUUUACAUUUGCUUGUUGAGUGUACGAAGAAUGUGAAUGCGUGUCCCGUAACACUGCAAUUAGAUAGGAUCCAAUUGGAGGGAAUGGAUGCAUACCUGUAAUGCAUACCGACCACCUGAGCACAAACUGCAUUUGAUGAAUAGCGUCGACGCCGAAACAUGUCGCUCAAAAAUUGUAAAUGCGCAAAACUCAACCUGCCAAAAGGGCUCCCCUCGAUUCGAGACGUUUCCGCUAACAAAACCCAGUCGCUACCUAAAACGGCGCUACUCAACAACGGGCUGCCCAACGGCAGACAAACUACUUCCUUCAUGCGCGCAUAUGGCGCAAACAUAUAUGUAACCCCGGCGGUGUGUUAAGCGGGAAUAUUGAUGAUCAACAGAGCGGAGUAAUGUAAACUAUAACAUAAUACAACCAGUAAUAAGAAAGCUAUUAACAGUAAGUUCAACGAAGGAAGCAAACUGGGAAUCAUGCGAUCAAAGUUCAGCACACCGAGCUGUAAAAUGGCGACAGAAAUGUGCCAGAAUCAUGCAUGAUCUGCACGGGUACACACUCAUUACCACAUAUAGUCUCAGUAAGCAGUGCGUGCAGCGUUGAAGGCGUUCCCGUUCUCGCCCGUGUCCGCGGCACACUAUGUUGUCCACCGUCGGCUGAACUCUACAGAACAUGGCGAGAACUAUGAUGAACGCGAAUAAAGCAACCAUCUUUUUUGUAGUAAACGAAUUUAAAAUAAAUGCCAAAAAUCGAA